AGGAAUCAAUUCAUCCCAAAUUCCACCUCACGCCAUCGAAGUCACUUCGCCCCUGGUGGUGACGGGCUCACAAACAGCGGGUGACGGUCAAACACAGUCCUUGACCCGGAAUAUGGAUUACGACCAGACGCCUCCUGGCGGUCGUGUGGGCCGGUUAUCCUCUCCACCACAUCUCCUGCACAGUACACUGCUGCAGGAGCGGCCAGUACUCACCAGUCAACCGUCCUUUUCAUCUUCAGCAACUCGGCCACCUGAAAGUCCUCGCUCUUCCCGCUCUCGCUCAAUGUCAUCAGAACCAUGGUCUUUGUUUUCGUCACCCCGGUGCAGACCUUCUACGCCUCUUGCAACUUCAUCGCAGGGUUUAUUCGGAUCUCCCAUCUCAAAGUCCGGGUCGCCUGCACGUCGGACUGCUGUACAGUUAUCUCCCCUCACACCUAUGAGUUCAUCACCUCGUCGUCCAAGCCGUUCACCUUCCCCGGAUGAACUACAGCUUCUACCUAAUUCUCGGCGUCCAAGUACAAUGCAGGUGUGCAGUCCUCGGCCUGAUACAGUAGCAGAGGACUCCGGUCCUCCUAUUAUUCCGGAAGACACAGAGCAUCAAAGUGUUCGGUACUCACUGCGUCGAAGAGACCCAAGACAGCUCAAUCCAUACGCAUACGACAAGUUGAUGUACAAGCGGCAGAUGCGUUCCAACCCGGAUGCGAUUGUGAAAUUCUUAAGUCCAAAAAAGAAAUCUCACGGACACCAAGAGCACUAUGAGGAAGAUACGCAAGCUGAAUAUGCAUUCCCUCUUGAUAAUCCAGACGAUGAUGGUGAUUAUGUUGGAUCUAUUCCAAAUCGGCAGUCAGCGAGUGUCGGCACUCAGGAGGCCGAGGGGGCCUCUAUUGAGCGCGACACCGGCUGGUUACCAGAGUCUCUGAGACCAUUGUCAAGUAGUGACGAAGAUGAUACUGACAUCCGCAAGCUUGCCGCAAAUGCCCGCCGAGAACGGGAGAGGGCCGCAGCGAAAGCGAAGGCUGAAGCAAAGAGGCGGAAAGCACAACUGCAGACAGGGAAGGCUGCGGCGAGACAGAAACCCUUCCCAAUACCAUCACUUCCGGCGGAUGCCACACCGCAGUCCUCGCAGUCGAGACCGCCAAGUGAUCCACACGCUCCUCGGCAGCUGAGGGUACGAUCUGAGCCAUUGUCAUCUCCCGUGCGGCCUCGACAGAGACCAACCCCCUCUUCUCGUGCCUCUUCUCAUUCACCUGUACUGGGUUCUCACGGAAGUCCGUCAUCGACUCUGAACUAUGACUACCAACAAGACGACCACUUUCAGCAUUUUAACGACUUCGAAGAACCUUUCGAACGGGAUCCUUCUCCUGGCCUCAUUCCGGCUUUCGACCCACCUUCUAGUUCAUCCCUUGGUGAAACAGAUCCUCCAUUUCCGAUACCUUCGCACAAAGCUCCGUCGGACGUUGACUCAGGUUCAUCUUCCAUUCUAGAACUGACGGCGAAGGAACGCAAACGACUUCGUGCUCUACGAAGGAUGAUGCCUGCUGCAAUGAUAUCUCGACAUCUUAAUGAAGCAAAGCAACCUUGCGCAACCUCUCGACGUGCAAGAGCUGAGUCGCUUUCGUCAAGUGACAGUGAGGCGAAGGAGGUUCCGUUGAUACCUGGACUUGCGCGGGUGCGGAGAAGCACCGCCUAUCGCAAUAUGGAUAUCAGGGGUGAUCCUGAGAGCUCUGAUGUCGAAUGGCCAGACGACGAAGUCCUUAACAGCUACGUCGAUGGCCACAGAGAAGAGAAUUUCCCGGAAAUUCGUUCUACACUUGGAGUCACUCCUCAACCGAGCUUCAUCGACGAUGAAGUAAUUUCCCUCAGUGAUGACUUCGAAUCACCGUCUAUUGAGAGUAACUCAUGCAGCGACGGAGAGUCCGAUGCGGGUGAGAGGUGGGCCGACGGACAGUUGGGAAAUCACGAGCGAGGACCGGCGCGUGAGAAGAGUCUCAUCGACUGGAUGCUCACUCGUUCUAGGGGAUCAAGCGUGAAGAAACUUAAAUCUCGCAAAAUGCGGACAUCUGACAAGUCUAAUGCACGCGGGACGCCAAGAAUGGAUAUCGUCACGAGCGGAGCCAAAGGUCACAGACAAAAGCAGAAAUCACUGCUGUCUUUCCUCAAGCCCGCCACUCCUAAGGUACCUUCGUCCAAGAAAAAUGGCAGCAGAGACUGUAGCAAAGAACUUCUCCCUGUACCGGCGGAUGGCGCCGAUCUCAGGAAGCAGAAGAAGAAACACCGCGGUGUGGCACAGGGCCUACUCUACAACUUCCAUCGCGGAGGAGUACGGAUCACUUCGAAGCAUUGCGAACCAAGGUUAAAGCGGGGUCCUGUCGGAUUGGUGAUAGAGGAUGAUGACAAUGACUUUUACCAAGCAUUGGAUCCAAGUUGGAAAACCGAGAUAGAAAGGUGGAACAAGCCAACAUCAUCUCGUCAGCCUGUAACUAGGCCCUCGAAUCCUCAAGGUCCUCAUCAACCCCGCCACGCGUUACCUUUGCAGGCCAAUUACGCUCCCUUCACUUUUGACCGCAAGUCUCCGUCUCCUCUACCGACUCGUCGCCAUAUCGUUCCUGACAUGGAUAUCCAUCCAUUACGGCCCGGUGUGAAGUUUAGCUCAUCUUCUUACCUCGGGAAAGGCAUGCUUUAUCAGCUCAUCUCUGUAAUCACUGGAGAAUUGGAGCCCGCUCCCCCACAGUCUUGCGAUACCCAGACUUUCGUUAUAGGUCCCUCCACUUCCACAAGAGAGUUCUCUGCAAUCCUGGGCCCGUUGUACGACCGCAUCGCGGAGGCCUUGCGUAACCCCGAUCUCUCAGAUGCCGAGAAAGUAAAGGACUGGGAAUUAGUAUUUCGGGUGUCCUGUCAGCUCUUGUCUUGGUUGGGACCCCGGGCAGAGGAUGAAGAGUUCGAGACAUUGGAAACUGCGAUCAAAGAGUAUUCCAAUGGCUUCUUGUCAUGUCUAGGCGGCCUCCAACCCAAUCCCUUCUCAUUAGCAGUCCAUUGGUUCUUAUUGGAAUUAGCUUCGCGGCUAGCGGCUAGUAUCAAACACAGAAGAGGCUUAUUUCCACGGGACGACAUCGAUAAGUUCUCGGAACGACUUUUAGGCCACAUUCUGGAUAUUGACCUGGAAGUUGCCCGAACGUCGUUCCGCGAGAUUGAGAAGGACAUAGAGACUGUCGAGUUGCCCCACAGAGCUGCCGAGCUUUGGAUAUGUCUCAUCCAUUUACUCAACGCCUGUGACAACGCAUCUGGAACCAUGGCCCAUGGAUCACCUCGACACAGUCUCUGGCGCCUUAUCAUGGAGCUGCACCCCGAGUCUUCGCCAACGGGGGCUGAAGUUAGCGAACAGAUGUGGCGGAUCAUGUUUAAUCUGUGCUCACUUUCGCAGUUCUCUCUCCAUGGAUUGUCAACCUCCGUAUUCCGGCUGCCGGCGGCAUGGGAUCUGGUCGCUGUUGCCCUGAAGAAGAUCGUGCUCACCGCUAACCCAGAGAAGGAAGGACAACUGCCACCUCGUGCUCUAAGAAAGCGGGACGAUUAUUUGACUUGCAUAGUCUCGCGAUGCUUCUUGCUCUGGAGUCAGUGGCACUGGUGUCUGAGUGAAGCUAUGCCGAUGUUCAAAACCCUCCAGGAGAUAUUCAGGAGUCGCAACUUUGUGAACCUACGUAACGAGAGGUCGACCUACAUGGGUUUUCUUGAGCACGGCAAUCUGGAGCUACUUUCCAGAAGUGACCAUCACGACUCGGUCUUCGAAAUCUUUUUGAAGAUGGUUGUUCAAGCCGUAUAUUCGUUAAACGCAUCGGACGCGGAUUCCCGACAAAAGACUUGGAACACUAAGAAGCUCCUGCAGAUCGCCGUCCCUGUUAGUCCUGUGCCUUUCUCGAAGACAGUUCCACCGACCAACCAUGAACUUUCCAUGCUGUUGAACCGCUUCAGUGCCAUGGCUGUUGCGAUCCACCUCGACCCCACCGUUCCAAAUGUUCGAUUCCGCAUCAGCCAAGCUCGUCGUUGUGUCAACUUCAAAGACGCGGAUGAGGCUUCGAGAGUGGCAUGCAUAUAUGGUAUGAUGUAUUUUGCGAGGAUUAUGAGACAUCACAGGCUCCCGUUGGAUGAGGCCCUUGGUUGGCUUACGGAAUUAGCGAACAUCCUCAUGGAUGACUACAAGGAAGCUGAGGCUUCCCAAAGGGACGGGCUUAGCAACCUUGCGAAACGGAACGCGAUCACUUUGAUCCAAUUGCUCUUGGGAUCGGUGCGAAAGAUUGUUGAGACAGAAUCGUUGGACAAGGAGGUGCGGAGCGAGUACCCCGAUCCCGCUCUGCUAGACGGUCCUUGGAUAACGCGAGUUUUCAAUCCUGGGACCAAUCUCGUUAUGUUGUCGCAGACUGGUUUGGAGAUCCGAAUGCUUGUCCAGUCUUUUCUUAAUGCUCGAACCAAGGCACUGCCUCCUGCACAACCACAACCACCACCAGCAACUGCUGACACCAUGAAUGCAGAGAGCCAAGAGGAGUAUGAGAAGCUAUACCUUGAACUUGACGAUGCAGAACUCCUGGCAGCACUUGGUGAAGAACCUGUCGCUUUGGCUGUUAAUGAUCUCAAAGCAAAAGAUGAUGCAUUGUGCAAGGUCCUGGACAAGUCCAUUACCCCUGCCGUGUACCGCCUAGUGUGUAAGCACCUCGGCGACAGCGAAAAUGCUCAGGUACAUGAAAAUCGCAUGAACGUCGCCGAUGAGUGGAUAGAGUGCUGGGUCGGUUGUGCCAAUGUGCUUAUUCAAAACGGCAACAAGGAUUGGUCAUUGUACAUGAAGCUAGGACAACAAUCCUGGGAGAAGAUCAUAGAUUCUUCUUGGCGGCGGCGUGUUGGCUUGCGUUUCAACCUCAGCUUGCUGCGUCAGGACCCCGCAGCGUACCCUAAAUAUCAGGACGACUUCAUUAAUGUGCUACUGAUUUCAUCCGUUUCAUCCGUAUUGUCCAUCGAGCAUGAGUAUGCGUCGGUAGUGUUCACUCUGGACAGACUGCAACAUCCAUUGUUACGAGGUGCCCCUUUCGAUCCGGUAGGUCACGGGAGAAGAUUCGAGAUCGGCGAAGUGGAGUAUCAAGAGAAGCGAGUGCAACUCCUUGAUGCUAUCCUCAAGAACGCUGCUGAACGUGUCCGUGCAGGUAUCAGUGUUGAGAGUGAGGUGUACGUCGGCUUUCUCGUGUCGAUGUUUUUAGCAAUGCGCGACAUAUAUCAGACGGACACGCCUGGCAAGAUUCAAGAAUCAUACGUUGACUUCUGUCGUAGUGUAUACCGGUCAUUGUUAAGCCACAACGAGCUAGCAUCUCACCGGCGCCUUUCCGAGGCUAUUGAUUGGGGACAAACGGAGUUGAGAAGAGACGUUGAUACAUGAUACAUCGGACAGAUUUCCUUUCUUGCAUAUGCAACUUAUGUAUUGUUAGCCGCAUCCACGCAUGUCUUGUAUCCG